AGACAGGCCGUUGUACACUCGCUCUGGGUACAUGAGGACGCCACCGAGCGGGUUCUACUCGAGCGAGACCCGGCCGUCCCACCUGGGAGCGGGCGGGGCGAGGGAGCCGUGGUGGUGGAGCUUCCCCCACCUCCGCCCCCACCUCGUCUCUCAUAACCCGGUCCGCAACUACUCGCCCGAGUACUCCUAUCUCUCGCCAGUGAAGAACACCUACGUCUGGACCCGACGCCCUCACCGACCCUAUUCCUCUAGGGACGGCAUCCAGGGGAUGGCCAGCACGUACGAGGCCCACCAGGGGGAAUGCUACGCCGAGGAUCCGUGCUCCGCCUCCGCCUCCACCCCCUUCUGGAUAUCCCAGGUCCUCCAACCGCCUCCACCCGAAGACGAUUACCGGUUGUAUGACGUGAAAUCGGGGGUGCACUUCAGGCCGCAAAGUUUCAUGGUGAGAAAUAUCCUCGAUCAAGAGGAGGAAAAACCAGGACCUGCGUUCGAGUCACUCCCGAGCAUUCAGAAUACAUAUUACACACCUCCAGAUUAUGAGAGCUGGAACUCAUCCGCGUAUCCAAAUGUGGCUCCAAUCGUGCCAGUACCGAUACAAGAGUACUCCGACGAAUGCCACUAUCGGCCGGACACGAGCGCAAGCCUCCCGCACGGAGACUACCUGAAACAAGAAAUGUCUUCGCCGAGCCGUGACCUAAGCCCGUGUCAGGUGAAAAUCUGGUUCCAGAACCACCGUUACAAGACGAAGCGUUCCAACCAGGAAGCGACAGGAAAGCACCAGCAUCAUCAAGACCUAGACUACCACCACACAUCACCGCCUCCACCCAUGGAGACCCCAAGAAAAGUGGCCGUGCCAGUCCUCGUCCGCGAUGGGAAACCGUGCACCACCACCCAUCCACCUCCAGAGCACCAGCAGCAGCCUCUGCCGAGCUUUCCACCGCCACCCCCCAUCCCCGUCUAUUACCCUCCUCCACCCCAAAACGGCCCCGACUCCCUGGCCGACGGGCGGGGAUUUUUGCAUCACGAUUCCACUCCCAUCACGUCGGAAGAAGGCGGAGGAUGA